CAAUUUCUCCUCUGAAACAAUACACUGGCAUUCAAAAGUCGAAUUACUUUCAAGUUACCGCGUUGCGCGUUCCAAUUGUAAUUCAUUGAAAGUUUGAGACGCCGGUACAGACAAACGUCAUCAUUAUCAUCACAAUCAUGGACAUCUCUAAAUUAAAAGUUGUGGACCUUAAAAAAGAGUUAAAAACACGAGGCCUCAGCACCAUUGGCACUAAAAAUGAAUUGAUGGAAAGACUGCAAGAUGCUGUGCAAGAUGACGAUACUGGAGAUAAUGGCGCCUUAGACAAUGAUGACCUUUUGGAUGAGGAGGCAGUUUUAGCAGAUGAAGAAGCUAUUUUAGAGGAAGGAAAUGCAAAUUUGAUCGCCCAAGAAGAUGAUGCAGUUCUUUUAACACCUACUGCAUUGAGUGCCCCCAAAGUUACAGUUGAAAAGACUGUUCAGGACUCGAAGAAUGAAAUAGUUUCUCCCCAUAAAAAAAUCAUCUUGAACAGAAAGGUGGUAACUCCUCCAUCAGAUUCUGGCACAGUUUCACAGGAAAAUGACGACCACCUUAAAUAUGAUGCCAAUAAAGGUGAUGAAUCUGACUCAAAGGAAGAAAAGAAGGUGAUUAAACUUGGUUCCUUAUCUGCCGAAGAAAGAGCCAAACUAAGAGCACAGAAAUUUGGUGUUCCUAUUCCCGAUUCUGUGAAGAAAGCUGUUCGAGCAGAAAGAUUUGGCGGUACAAAUAGCACAGAAUCAAACACAUCAAAACCUCAGGUUCCUGAUAAUGACAAACUUCUGAAAAGGCAAGCUCGCUUUGGCGUCGUUUCUAAUUCUAAUUCCGAAGUUGAUGAGAAGAAACAGAAGCGAGCAGAGAGAUUCGGAACUACGAGCACUGCGGUCGGCAGUUCUGACGAACAGAAGCGCAAACGUGCUGAACGUUUCGGACUUGCCUGAAAUGUUCGUUUUAAAGUUUAUUAAUUGACGUACAGUUAAAUGAAACAAAGACUUGGUUCGAUCACAAAAUUUUUAGUUUUUUAAAAUUAAAUGUGACCUGAUUUCUUA